AUGGACUGGCAAAGCCCCAAUGUGCAUUAUGGGAAAAGUCCUCUCCACGAAGGGGAUCUAGUCACUGCUGGAGGAACUGUCAGUUAUGUCUGUGAGAGUGAAAGUGAAAGUAGAAUAUUAUUUCUGUACAAAGAGAGGAAGCUGCAGCUAUUAGAGGUCGGGGUGUGGGGCUGUAAUUACAGGGUCCGCGGGCCACACAUCAACAUGAGACCCCCAGAUAUCCUAUAUGUUCUCCUGUUAUACCUGACAGGGGCAGAUGCUCUGGGGGUCACUAUGACUAAACCACUUAUCGGAACACUGCGAGAGGACAAUGUGACCAUACCCUGUGAUAUCUCUGAUGUUGGAGCAGGUAGAACUAUCGCAGUGUACUGGACCAGGACAUGGAAUGGGAGCAGACAUGAAGUCUAUCAUUACGCACCUAAAGAAACAGUAUUCAGAGACGGAUCUUACGUGGUGGAGAGUGAGAUACACAGAGGAAACGCUGAGCUCCACAUCCCGCGUGUCCAGUUCUCUGAUGAAGGAGACUAUACCUGCACUGUAAUAGUCACCCCUAAUUCAGUGGAAGGGAAAGCUACUCUGCAGGUGUCAGCUCGUCCAUCUGCUUCGCUGACCCCAGGAGAAAUCAGCGUCCUGCUGGGAACAGAGAGAUCAGUCAUGUGUGCGGCCACCAAUUACUACCCCCAGCCUGUGACCAUACGCUGGUUCCGACACAAUAAAGGCUCCCCUGGCUGCGUGGCCUUGGAUCGGGGAAUCUGCACCGCUGACCCAGUUACUAAUGGAGAUGACACGUUUAAUGUUACCAGCCACCUGACGUUACAUCCUACAUCUAUGGACGAUGAUGGGAAUGAAUAUUCGUGUAUCGUGUCUCACAGGUCUUGGAAGAGUGACCUAGUGAGGACUCUUACUCUGACAGUGACAGAGCAAGAAGAUAUCACUGGUGCAGUUGCUGGAGCUGUGAUUGCGACACUUAUCUCUACGUUACUUCUGGUCUCAGCCGUGUUGUUGUACAUGAAAUUGUUUAAGAAAGACCCUCCCAGUCUUACUGAGAUAUCGGGAAACGAGCAGAUGAUUGACAUGACCAGGACGUCCCUCACCUGUCAGAUCACGGGCUUCAGGCCCAGUGACAUUAAAAUCUCUGUACGUCUUAGACGAGGAGAGAUGAUGAUGGAUAUCUACACCUGGAGAUCCGGAGACUCCAUUCCCCCAGCCCGCAUGACGAGAGAUGACAGCACUGGGGGUGACCGUGUGGUUAUAGGUGUAGAGGAACAGCAGGGGCUGAUUAAUGGGGCUGUAAAUCACGAGGAAAGACCCCUACGGCUAGAAUUGGUUCCUGUUAUAAAGACCAGCAGACUUGGUACUUCCAGCUGUCAGUGUUCUAUUCAUAUAACUCCCAGCUUUGAUGAAGAUAACGGAGCAGAACUGUCUGUACAUGUAGUGCACCCGGCUCUGAGAACACCGAUCUCUGUACAGAGAACACUGAACGUCAUUGGAGUGGCUCCUAAACUGUUAACAAUAAUGGCUCCUGAGCGCCUGAUACAUGAUGAGUCGGUGACGCUGACUUGUCCCAUUAAUGGAUAUAAACCCAGAGCUCUGUCUAUCACUUGGGUGAGGAAGGAUCAGAACCAGGAAACAGAACUUGUAACGCGGGAUGGUACAGGAACCAGGAUUCUGGAUAACAGAUACUCACACACUGCGCAGGAGAUUGAGCACGAUGAUAAAUCUUACAGCUGUAUAAGUGCUUUAAGGAUUAAACCAAAUGUGACUGAAGAUCAAGGAGUGAAAUAUAUUUGUAGAACCCAUCACCCUGCCACAGGACAAACUGCAGAGCAAGUACUGGAUAUGGAGGUUACCGCUCGUCCUGUGCUGGAUAGAAUACAGAGGACACAGAACUCUCUCUCUGUCGGUGACCAGAUAGAUCUGUCAUGUAGAAUUCAUUCAUUUUCCCCAUCACAGAUCACAGUUACAUGGUACAAGGAAGAUGAGACCAUAAAAGACUCACACACCAGUAACGCCCUCCCUGAACCAAAUGGCCUGUUUUAUGUCACUAGCACUAUGAAAUUCCACCCGACAAUAACGGACAUGGGGAAGAGAUUCAGGUGUGAAGUUCUACAUGACAGUUUUGUAGAGCCUAGAUAUAUCACAUAUACAUUGUGUGACCUGAGUAAGUAG